UAGUUUUACUUAAUUCACUUUAUUAAGACUAUCUGCAGGACAUCUAGUCUAGUUAAUUUCUUAUUGACAAACUUUUCCCAUUAUUACACCUUACAGAGUUUAUCUAUUGCAUGGGAUUUAUGUCUACAGAUUGCACUUUUGCUACAGUUUUACCACCUGUGCAUUAUCUGGAACAUUUCUUUUUUAUGCACAGACCAACGAAUGAAGAUUCUCACUGAAGAAGUCCUAGCCACACCUUUUUAGAUAGCUUCACUGCCACAUAUAGCCUUAACGACUGAAAAGUUUUGAACUCAAUUAUAAAGUUGCUUUCUUAUGUGAACUCCAGUGACUGUGAAAUAUGUUGCUGUUAAAUCCCUCUAUCAUAGUUGGCAUAGCCUGGGCAAUACUAGCAACAAAUAAACUGCCAAAAUAUCAGUAGUAUAACACAAUAAAUAUUUAUUUCUUACUCAAGAAAAACAAAGUCCCACACAGGUCAGAUAGCCACCUUUUAUCAGUCCAGCCUCCAAGGUCACCAUGACAGGAAAGACGGCCAGAGGACAUCACAAGAUGUUUCUAAGGGCCAGGCCUGGAAGUAGCUUAUAUUACUUUUGCUCAUACUCUGUUGCUUGGCACUCUAUCACAUGGACCAGCUCUUAACUGCAAGGGUUUCUGGGAAAUGGGAGUCUCUAUGUGACCCAAGAAAUAGAACCACCAAGAUAAACACACAGCCAUGCCCAUAAAAUAUCACUUUUAUAGAGCUUCUCCCUGUGUAGAAAAUCUAAUGGAUUUGAAAACCCGAGAAUGGACUAACAUUCUUACCACACUAAUAACAUGGGUUUCAUUUCUGAGCACUCUUUUGAAUAUCUUUCUAGUGGGUACUCUCUUUAAAAAAUCUACAGAUUUUGGCAAGGAUCCAUGGCGGCUUUGGUUGCUGUUUGUGGUGAUCUAGGGAGGAAAAAGUUAACGCAUUUCGUAAAGGCUGCUCUCUGCCUCACGGAUCCUGGGACUCACGCGGUGCUGUGGAGGAGUUGUUCACAAUAUAAGCACGUAGCCGGCAAUGAGGACCUGCCCGUUCCAAUGGAAAAUCCUUAUAAGGAACCUCUUAAAAAAAAAUGUAUCUUGUGUGGAAAACGUGUAGAUUAUAAGAAUGUACAGCUUUUGUCCCAGUUUAUUUCUCCAUUUACUGGAUGCAUUUAUGGAAGGCACAUAACAGGUCUUUGUGGGAAGAAACAGAAAGAAAUCACAAAAGCAAUUAAGAGAGCUCAAAUAAUGGGGUUUAUGCCAGUUACAUACAAGGAUCCUGCAUAUCUCAAAGACCCUAAAGUUUGUAACAUCAAGUAUCGGGAAUAAAUUGUAGGAGUCUUCACAUCCAUCAAUAAACAUAUUUUACAAUAAAAAAAAUCUACAGAUUUUGGCUGGCCUGAAGUCUUCACUUGUACCCAUCUCAAUUAUAAUUUCCUUCCUGGGCAUAUCCGUUCACGGAAAUUUGAUCUCCAAUUAUUGUCAUUGCCACAAACCGUCCAUCUGUCAAUUAUCACUACUUUGCCACUGCAGCAUAUGACAGUUGAUGGGAGUUUUGCAGAAGUUCUUGAGAUCCACAGUAGGUCCCUGGAAUGCUCUUAAGAACCCUUGCUUCAGAGCUGCAGGGUGACAUGAUGGGUGGCAGCAGCCUUGUCCUUUGCUGCCCCAGCCCUCCCAAUGACUGAGUAAGCCUCUAUCACCUGGAAUACAUAGACUUGCUU